AUGCCUUCCGGAUUUCCUAACUUUCGACAAAUCCCAUCCAACUACGAGGUUGUGAUGGCCAACCGGCGCGCCGCUGAGCAGUCCAAGAUGGAUGCUACAAAGCAGGAUGAUACCGAUUCCGAUGCUCAGAGUCUGGCUAGUAGCAGCAUGUCAAUGUUCAAAGAGAAAGCAACCAAAAGCAGCCAGAGUUCGUCAUCGGGAUGGAGAAAGAGACUUUGGAUAUUAGCGCAAGAACGAGCGAUGUCAACUGUGGAACAGACGAGCUUGGACAGAUAA